AUGAAAGUUUUAUUGAUUUUUUUCGCUGUGUUUUUGGUGGGAAAUUCGAAAAAACAAAAACAUGAAACUGCCGAAGAGAAAUUGGAUGAAGUUAUCAGUCAGGGAUUUAAAGUGAGUUGAUUUUUAAGCUGAAAACUUAAUAUUUUUAUGUUAGGCCAGAGAUUUGGAUCAUGAUUCGAUUUUGACGAGUUCCGAAAUUCGAGCCUAUUAUCAAAAACAUCCGGAAAUUAUGAGCCCAGAGGGAAUUGAUUUUAUUGAUAAGAAUUUUAGCAAAGGAAAGAAUGCGACAAUUGAUGGUGAGGGUUUUUUGCAUUUGGGCUUUGGAACAAUCUGCUGUUUCAAAAUUGUUUUAAAAUUUGGAAUUUUUUGGAAGAAAUAAUUUGCUCCAUUCUCUUUUUCAAAAAUUGGUAAUGUUUCUUUGUGAGAACAUGAUUGAAAUAAACUUAUCAAAAAACUCAGUUUCUCAAAAAUGCUGAGUUUUAAAGGAAGAAAGUGAAUAUAAUAACGCCUUUUAUUUCUUUGCGAAAAAAUCACACUUUACCCUAAAAAUCCACUGUUUCAAAAAAAUUCGAAUUCAAAUUUUUUUUUUGCAGAAUACCGUCAAGCUCUAAAAACAUGGCUGGCUGAAAACGAGACUGUCGCUCGACUUUUGCAAUUCGAAAAUUCCACAACAUCUCACCAUCAUCACAAUCACCACGUUCAUCUCAAGAACCAGUCAAAUUCAACAUUGAAAAUCGAGGAAAUUAUCCCAAAAUUUAUCAAACCGUAA